AUGGGAGGAGACCAAAAAACUUCAAAUGUUGAUAAUAAUAUAGAGGAACUGCUAAACAUACUAACCUCUUUAUGUAAGGAACAUGGAACAGCAAUUCCAAAGCUACACAGGUCCCUGGAGAUUUUGAUGACGAUUAAGGAAGAAGUAAAGGAUCUCCAAGUCUCUGCAGAUCAGGAUACUAUAUCCACAUUGAACCUUAAAGACUUGGAUGUACCUUGGAAAAAGAUCGGUGCUGGAAAUUUUGGAAGCGUAUACAAAACAACAUGGAAAAGUUCUGCAACUGUGGCUAUAAAAGUCUUAAAAGAACAAGCCAAACAUCAGGCUCGUGAAUCCAAACUUCUGCGAUAUUUAAGCCAUGAAAAUAUUAUAGCUUAUAGAGGGAUGGGGUACAUCCAGACAGAGGAAGAACUGAAGCGCACUUUGGGCAUCAAGGAUGAAAAGGAGGUUUUUCAGACACCGUGUAUGUUUUUUGUCAUGGAAUUUAUACCUACGAAUCUGUAUCGAUACAUAGUUCAACAAGAGAGCCAUGAGAGACAAGGUCUUUCACUUGGAAAAGCUUGGGAUAUUGGGAAGCAAAUCGCCAGCGCGCUAAGCUAUCUACAUUCAGAAGGAAUUGUACACAGGGAUUUGAAACCAGACAACAUUUUGAUUCAGGGAUAUGUGAACAAAUUCAUUAUCAAAAUCGCAGACUUCGGUUUGGCGUGGAAGAAUGAUCAGAUUGACAAACAACAAACAAGAUAUGGUUCGGUGAUGUCUAGCAGCAACGUAAUGUCCGAAAUAAGCGGUUACGUAAACAUAAGAUGGGGACCUCCAGAAUUCAGGUCAUCUUCCGAAAGCAGUAAAAGUCAUACUAUAACCGACUACCAGAAAGGUGAUAUAUACUGUUUUGGCUUAAUCAUGCUGUUCACAAUAUCUGGCUUAAAGCCCUUAGCAGAACUUUCCUCUUCAAGCAUAGGGGAUGAAAUAGAUCUUCCAUCAACUUCCAUUCCAACGGAUUACAUAACAAAUUCUAAAGACCUUGUAGGAAAAUGUAUAAUAGAAUGCACGAAUGAGAAGCCUGAAGUAAGACCCGCAGCAGAAGAUGUGAUUCAGAAAUAUUAUAGAGGGAAAAACCCAUACCUUUCAGAAGCAGAGGAGAGAGAGUUAUUUUCCUGUGGAUUUAUGGAUAAGACAGACAUAUUCGUUGCAGAUUCCUGCACAGACGAAGACGCUACUCAGAUUGGCUAUUUUGAAUCUGGAUACCGACCAAGUGGGUACCAACAUGAAGACUUGAAUUGUCCAAUCCAAGUAGAGUCCAGACCUUGCAGGGAUAGAUAUGAAAAUUGGGACAAAGAGGAAGAAUAUACCGAAAAUUACCAAGAAUUUAGCAAGCAGGCAAAGGCUAAAAUAAUCGACAACAAUCCCACCGUGGCAUUAAAAAGUCUAGCAUUUGCCCGUCCUGGUGAAGACGAGUGUCAAAGGGUUGAAAUGUUUUUUAAGCAGUCAGAAUACGUUCAUCACAGAGCUAUGAGAAAAAUUUGGAUGAGCUUGAGCGAUCAACAAAAGCGAGAUGCUAUUCCAAACAAAGGAGACGUGAAUCCCUAUUUUAGCAAUACAUUUGGACUGCAUGUUGCGAUUCUGACAAACGAAGGUCCAGGAAAGCCUCAAUACUUCGUUUUUCCCCAGCGUGCAAAGCGUGCAGGAAUGUCAGCCCCGGGGGCUUUUACAUGUGGUGCAGUUGAAAGUGCAUCGACCCCAGACAUUCAAGGAGAGGGAAAUUCAAGAUCAGUAAACCUUGUCAAUACGGCAAUUCGUGGUCUACGAGAAGAACUUGGUCUUGAAUUGACCGAUUCCGACGCCGAAGCAGUCUGUUUGACCACGAUCUAUCUGAAAACCGAUACCCACGAAUGGGGACUUUGCGGAUUCGUUGAUCUUACGGAUAACAGAAUUAAACCUGAAAAUCGAAUCAGUGCAGAUAAUUUAAAAGAUCGUUUCUCUAGUGGUCCAAAAGACAAAUUUGAACACCAGACAUUAACGUUUGUGAAAUUUACGCUAGAAGACAUGGUGGACUUUGUUUUUGAAAACCAUGAUAAUUUUGCCAGUUCCGCUAAACUAGUCGUUGUGAAGGUUCUACAAGCAUUUUUUGGAUGGUCGCGAGUACAGAGAGAGUUUGAAUCUCGAAAGGUUACCUCAGAGAAAUAAAGUUUAUACAUGUAUAUGUAUUUACAGACAAUAUAAAUGAAGCUUAUUUUAGAGUUACUGUAUGAUGUAAGUACAUGUAGAUUCAAAUAUACUGUGAUGUUCUGUAGAGCCGCUUUUAGCUUUACUUCCAACGCAAUUAAGAUGUAACACUUCAGUGUUAGAGUGUCUUUCAACUUCAAUAAUAUCCUCCUCUCCAUCAUAUCCAAAGCAAUGAUAAAUUCAUAUCUGACUUUGCUGAGUUUAUUGUGUCUUGAUAUCGAUCUUGAAUCAACUUUAUAAUUACAUGCCAUCUAUUUAAAACCAUUGGUCAAUCAAAUGCUUUAGAAUUUGAAAUCGUGUUACAAAAUUCCAUUGUUAAAUCUACCACCAGAUCUUUCAUCCUUUUAAGUUUUUGCCUUACUACAUUAUCAUGCAAGAACAGUCUCGUUUAUCAACAGGUUCUUGCUUUCUACUGUGAUACGAAAUAAUUCCCCAUUACAAAUGAAAAAAAAAAUAUGCCUAUUGCCUGGCAAAAUUUGAAAAUAAGAAGCAUAUUGAACAAUAGAGAAAAAGCAAAAGUACAGCAAGAGACUCUUACCUGAAAACAAAUAAAAAAAUUCGUUUCGCAAUAUACAAAUAAUGAAUUUAACAAACAAUGUCCAUGUAAUACAUUUAUUUUCCUUUAAUUUGAAAAUUUUAAACAUUAUAUAAUGUUGCAAUUAGUCCUUUUGUACAUUUCAAUGAUAAAGAGUAUAUCUUCUU